UGUGCGUGUGUGUGUGUGUGUGUGUGUGGGCGCGCGGGUGUGGGUGCAUAGUAUAUAAAUUUUAUAAUUGCUUAUAUACAUACAUUCGAUAUACCCCAUAUAUUAUCAUGCAUCAACAAUAACUUAUCCCUUUCACGACUUCGCGCAGUUCCUAUUUUUAUGAUUCUAACCUCAUAUUAUAAAGCAUCUUCGUGGACGCGUUUUAUCGUAUUCUCGUUGAGAGCUUCACGCGGAUGCUACUGUAACGAGAUAUAAGGACACAAUAUGAAUGGUAUAAGGCAAGUAGCGUUUAACUUGACCACCCUGACCGGCGUGGGUCUGGGAGGCUGGUAUCUGGGCAAAUUCUCCGAACAGAGGCGACAUUUGAAUGAAAAGGACAAUGAAACGAGCGUUUUAUCGAGGAUGCCGAUUCGGAGUAUGCCAGGAUUGCCAUUAUUUGGCACUGUUUCGGCGGCCACUUCUUUGACAUCCGCUGAAAGCAAUCGCCAGAUGGGUUCUAAAGUGUCCUCCAUCGCUACGAGAGUGUCGCAGAUUAUGAAAUUUGGUUUUCCCGGAUUGGAUCAUGUCAGGUCGUACGAGGAUUUCGUGUUGUCAUACGACAGGAGAAAUAAAGUCGCUCACUGGGUCUUUGAGCACUUGACUAAAGAGAGACUACAGUGUAAGAAUGAAGUGGAUCGUUCAAAAUGCGAGUUUAAGCCUGAUCAGAGUAUACAUCCUUUCUUCAGAUCAGAGAAUACGGAUUACAAGGGAAGUGGCUAUGAUCGUGGUCACUUGGCUGCAGCUGGAAAUCAUAGAAUGGAACAAAAUCACAUGGAGCAAACUUUUCUUCUCUCCAAUAUGGCACCGCAAAUUGGUGUGGGCUUCAAUAGAGAUUCCUGGAACAGAUUGGAGAAACAUGUUCGAAAAUUGACAAAUGUCUAUAAAGAUGUUUAUGUUUGCACAGGACCAUUAUAUCUUCCCAAGAAAGGAUCAGAUGGAAAGAAAUAUGUACGUUAUGAAGUGAUAGGUGCAAAUCACGUUGCAGUACCUACUCACUUUUACAAGGUGGUUGUUGGUGAGACAAAUGAUGGAAAAUUGGAUAUGGAAGCUUUUGUGAUGCCAAAUGCGCCAAUCGAUGAUAACACGCCACUCACUAAUUUUCAGGUGCCACCAGAAAGCAUCGAACGCGCCGCCGGACUCUUAUUCUUUGACAAAAUAUCGCGCGAUAAACUAAGCAAGGUGAACGGCAAAAGGAUAUAGCUUUAAUCUAGCUUUAACAAUCGCACUUAACCAAUAAGAAAAUCUCAAUUUUGAAUUAUUUACAAUUUUAAAGUUUCUUAAUUUCUGACAUGCCAUCAAACAUAUAUAUCUAAUCAAUUAAAAGUUCUAUAAAAUUAUUGUAUAUAAUUUUUAAAUUUUAUCAAUUGCAACAUUUUUUAUAUUAUUUUAGCUGUAUUUUAUCGAAGUAACAAAUAUAGAAUUGUUUGUUAAAUUAUGUAUGCAUUUAUUGAUUUUGUACAUUUAAUUAUCCGCUCGGAAUCGCCUUAUAUCUUUAUGUAAUAUGUUCUGUCAGAAUCUCCUUGUAUUUCGAUUUGUCAUGAUCACAUUAAAGAAAAUGCUCAUGUUUGAA